AUGAACAAGGAUUUAUUAUCUGUAUAUGUAUCAAACGUUUCCUUAAAGGCAACACCAAAGACUGUUUCUGAUUUCUUUUCGUUCUGUGGAAAGAUUACAGAGUUAUCUUUGAGAGAGGAUUCUACAGGAUCAGCUCAAGAAGCAGUUGUUGUUUUUGAAUCAGAAUCUGCUGCCAAGACAGCUUUAUUAUUAACAAAUGCAUUGAUUGUUGAUAAAGUUAUUCAAGUCUUACAAUACAACCCAACACAACACUUUUCACCAUCACCAUCUCAAACUAUCGUCAACAACGAUAAUAACAACAAUAGCAUAGACAACACAAAUUUAGAGCAAAACAAUGUAGAGAACAACAAUAACAUCAACAACAAUCCAGAGAAUACAAUUACCAACAGAGAUCACCCAGUACCAGAUUCUGAAAGAACAAAAACAUCUGUAAUUGCAACAAUGUUGGCCUCAGGUUAUAAUCUUAGUCAAGAAGCUGCCACCAAAGCAAGACAGAUCGAUGAGGAGCAUAUGAUUUCUUUGAAGUUAAAGGUUGGAGCAGAGAGUAUCAAGGCAACUGCUAAUGAAAUCGAUAACAAGUUACACAUCACAGAGAAUGCUGUUGCUCUCAAGCAGAAUAUCUCUGAUAAUGCAACCGUAGUCAAGAAUGUAGUUGUAGCACAAGCAAAGGCAGUCGACGAGAGAUUCCAAAUCUCUGGCAUGUUCAAGAGUGCCACCGAUUUGUUGUCACAACAAGUAAACUCGUUGGCCGCCAAGGCAAAGGAGAAUGAAACCAUUGCCAAGGGUGUCGAAGUCAUGUCAUCGAUUGGAUCCUCCAUCAAACAGACCGGUGACAACAUUUCAAACACCGUUGAGAAACAAUUCAAUCAGAUUUCAGAUGAAACCAAAUCAAUGAUUGAAGAGAAGAAGAAGGAGAGAGAAGAGAACCCAUCGGAGACUGAUUCAUUGCUUUCACAACAAUCCAACCCAUCAGAUGAAGUACAACCAGCCGUAGAAGAAGAAAGUCAAAUUUAA